ACUCGAAAGAGUUUCGAAUCGAUCGCGAUACUGUUCAGUUGCAACGGUGCUUGCUCGAGUGUUCGAGUAGCUCAUUCUUUUCCUCGGUACCGUCUGUCUUUAGUCGCUGAAAUUUGUUCACCAAAGCAGAGGAGCGGCCGAAUUAAAAAUAUAUAUAUCGAUAACAAAGUCCCUACCUACUUCUGAUUAUGUACACCCGACGAAUCAGAGUACGAGGCUGUCUACCUUUGAUACAUUCAUCGUUCCCGUGACGAGUCGUGGGGUACGAUCAGCUAUCAGUUCGUGGUCGGCUUUCCAUUAAAAUUGUUCUACAUCGUGGAUCAACAAGGUUUGCCAUCUGCCCGUGGCCCGUUUACACGCUCUCCCGUUUGCCACUGGGUGCAUGCACCUCAAUCGAAUGGUUCGUGAAACAGGUCUUGCAUCGCCGAUACCUCCACCAGUGUUUCGUCAAAAUGGUAUGGACCAUAAAUCAGUUGUUUCACGCGAUGACGUUUUUGUUUUAUGUAUACAUGGUAUAUAAAGCGUAUGUGUUGGACACUGUUGUAAUAACGGACCAGUUCAAAAAUUUCGACGUAGGACAGUGGAAAUAUUUAACAUUCUGGAAUCUGAUCAUUCAAGCAGUAUUUUUCUUUAUAUGCGUACUGAACGAUUGGUUCGGUACAAACACCAUCAGUGCCAAGAAGCCACCGUUCAUACGUAAAUUAAAAGACGAUGUACACGCAGUUCUUGGUUUCCCAGUCGCGAUGUUCGUUGCGACAAUUUUCUGGUCUACGUACGCCAUCGACCGUGAACUGAUAUUUCCAAAAGCUUUUGAUCCUUAUGUUCCAUGGUGGUUGAAUCAUUUAAUGCACACAGCGAUUGUGGUCUCCAUUUUAAUAGAGGUGAUUAUAGCACCGAGAAAAUAUCCAAAACGAUUAAAGGGUAUCCUAGGUAACCAAGUAUUUAUGCUAUCUUAUUUAAUAUGGAUGCUUAUAAUAUUCCAUAAAAGCGGUGUUUGGGUAUACUCCAUAUUUCAUGUGUUGAAAUUGCCUACGCGAACCCUGUUCUUUAUUACAAUGUUGGCGUACAGCAUGGUACUUUAUGUGAUCGGAGAAUUAUUGGACAACUUUAUCUGGGGUAACGAAUACAUUAAACACCAAAAAUCUCACGCCAAAGGCUGGUUCAGACACGGCUAGUAAUUUAGUCGAGUGGAAAAACAUACGUAACCGAGAAUAUCGGCCCGGAUUUGAAAGCAUAACAAUAUGGCGAGUGGAACAAGAGGAUCGUGCUUUUGAGGGACAGAUUGAACAAAGAUAUCGUUAAUUGUACCUGCUCAUCGUUUCAAAGAAGACACAAAGCCAAAUGUCGCAGCUAGGAAUGCCCCCAACAUUUGUAUUAGAUCAUUUCCUUGCUAGGAAAAUGAAAUUCGACUUCUUUCCUUUUUUGUAUGAAAUACAAAAAUAAGAUGUUUAAUCGACAAGGAACACAGGGUUUCGUAACACUUCAUUUGUUUUUCUACCAUUAUUUUAGAACAGUUAUUUUAAAAAUUGUUUAAAAAAAAAGGAAAAGAAACCGAAAGAAAGAAAAAAUGCGUUUUAUGUACUCGGUAUCAAUGUAGAUUAUGUAGAUACAUUGAACUUGAUUUGCAUACUAUGUUUAAAAUACAAAUUAAUUGAGUAGCUGUCGAAAAGUCUGUGGUAAAUGAUAAGAUAAAAUUGAAAUUCUAAAAUGUAGUUACGCACAUAUGUGUAAAAAUUAGUUGUGUGUACUCUAAGUACAAUAGGGUAUAUAUUUUACAAAUACUGUAACCAACAGAGCAAUAUUAAAAAUAGAUUUAAAUUGUACUGUAGAAAAAGAA